AUGACAGUGUCACCCACAACCAAGAAGCCCUAUUUUGGCUUGACUGGAGGAUGGCUUACAUUCUGGGUUACGGUUGCUUGCGCAACAGAUAUGUCCUUGUUCGGCUACGACCAGGGAGUCUUCAGCGGCGUGGUUAUCACACAAGACUUUCUGGAAGUCCAUGACCUGGUCGGCCCUGAGAAAACGAAGACACUGUCCACGGUAACAGCGAUAUAUGAUGUGGGCUGUUUCUUCGGGGCAAUCGUUGCCUUCACAAUCGGAGAGCAACUAGGGCGAAAAAGAGCGAUCAUGCUAGGAACUACUGUUAUGGCUGUUGGCGCUGUGCUACAAGCUGCUUCUUUUGGACUGGCCCAGAUGUUUGUAGGACGCAUUAUUCUGGGUAUCGGCAAUGGAAUCAAUACCGCGACUGCGCCUAUCUGGCAAACCGAAACGUCACAAUUGAAAUGGCGUGGUAAAUUGGUCAUUUUUGAAAUGAUGAUGAAUAUCUUCGGCUUUUGCCUCGUCAACUGGAUCAAUUAUGGUCUCUCCUUCGUUGGUAGUUCCAUCGCUUGGCGUUUCCCGCUGGCAUUCCAAUUCUUCUUCUUGAUUAUUCUGUGGUCCACUACACCAUGGCUUCCUGAAUCGCCUCGAUGGCUCAUAGCCCAUGGGAGACAAGAAGAAGCUACAGUGGUACUCAGUUGUCUCGAGGCAAAGCCCAUCGACGACCCCUUCGUCAUCGCGCAGCGCAACGAGAUCGAAUAUAGUGUGCAGUACGAGCGCGAGAAUUCCAUGCGGUGGCGAGAUCUGUGGAAGAAAAAGGGGAACGACAGCAACACCCUCCGCAGACUUCUCCUCGGUGCCGGCAGCCAGUUCAUGCAGCAAUUUGGAGGAAUCAACAUCAUGUCAUAUUAUCUGCCUACGGUGCUUAUGGACUCCGUCGGACUGUCCGACACAAUGGCCCGUCUGCUAGCAGCAUGCAACGCCCUAUCGUACCUUGUAUUCUCCGGCCUUGCAGUCCUCCUAGUCGAGAGAAUGGGUCGCCGAGGCUUGAUGCUCCUCUCCACGUUCGGCCAAUUUCUCUGCUUCCUCAUCAUUACCAUUCUACUUCGGUUCUCACGUAUUAGCGACAACGGCGAGAGGUAUGCCUCGGCAUCAGUCGCAUUCUUCUUCCUCUACUACGGCGCAUUUGGCAUCGGGAUGCUCGGCGUGCCUUGGCUAUACCCCACGGAGAUCAAUUCUCUUCCCAUGAGAACGAAGGGAGCGGCUGUUGCGACGGCUACUGACUGGAUAACAAAUUUCGUUGUCGUCGAAAUAACGCCCAUUGGAAUUAAGAACAUAGACUGGAAAUUUUGGAUCGUAUGGACGGUGACUAAUGCUGCGUUCCUACCCAUUCUUUACUUUCUUUACCCUGAAACAGCGAACCGAAGCCUGGAGGACAUGGACGAGUAUUAUCGGUCCAAUCCCGCGUUGAUAGUCACCAAAGAUCCAGAUGCAAUCUGCCGGCGACGGCCGCAGAAGUAUAUUCAGCGGGAGGAGGAGGAGAUUGAGAAGGCUGCUACUGCCGUGAAUAAGGGGGCAGCGGAGCAUGCAGAGUGGGCAAGUGAGAUAAGGGAUAAGAAUUGA